CGUGCCGUCAUAUGCAGGGCCUCUUCACCUUCCUCCUUCACGCUACCUUAGUAUCCGAAACAUCACUCUGCCCACCGCUGACUCCGUGUUAUUCUGGCUCUACGGCAGCCAAAGAGUCUUUUUGGGAUUUUCAAGAGACGAGCUCGCAGAAAUACAACAGCAGUCGUUCAGUCUGAUCCACCAUCUACAUCUUCCGACAUGCAGUCUCCACCUUAUGUGCCACCGCCCAGAGCUAUACUCGAUCCCGCCCAGCAGGCACCUACAAAGGCAAAUCUAAAGGCCUGGUGGAAUCAGUUUAACUUUGUUCAAAAGGUCAAGAAGGAGGCCGAGUCUAAAGAAGACUCUGAGCAUCCAGUGUUCGGGAAACCGCUCAAGGAGAGUUUGAGGUAUGCCAGCGUCCAGAUAUCGACCGCGAACGCAAAUGGAGAACUCUUCGUGUGGGGCUAUAUCCCAGUUGUCGUGGCGAAAUGCGGCCUGUAUCUCAAAGAAAAUGCCACGGAAGUACCUGGCACAUUUCGAGUAAAUGGCUCCACCAAGCGGAUGAGAGAACUGCAGGCUGAAUUUGAGACUCCUCCACGAUACGGUAAAUCCUUGGACUGGAAGCAAGUCUCAUACACCUCCCAUGAUGUCGCAAGUGUCUUCCGGAGAUACCUUACCCAAAUGCCAGAAGCUGUUAUACCCUACGACAUGUAUCAUGACUUCCGAGACGCUUUAGCAAAGGAGCCUUACAACCAAGACGAAGUCAUCGCCACAUAUAAGAGGCUCAUACGGGCCAUGCCUCGUGCAAAUCAAUAUCUUCUAUUAUACGUCCUGGACCUCUUGUCUGUAUUUGCACGGAAAUCUGACAUCAACUUGAUGACCGCCACGAAUCUUGCUGUAAUCUUUCGGCCAGGUUUGAUAUCUCAUCCCCACCACGAGAUGUCGCCGAAAGAGCACGCUCUAAGCCAGAAGGUAUUAGAGUUCCUAAUAGCCCAACAGGAUUGGUUCAUGCUGGACAUACCACCGCCACCCCAAAACACACCUGGAUCUCCUAUAUCUGAUUCAUCAUCUGUUGACGACAUCACCGUAUUCCCUAGUUCAGACGAUGAGCGACAACCAGGUAGUGGGUGGAAGAUGGUAGGAAAGAAAGACAUUCGUCGAGUAACGCGCCGAAGAACGACCCUCGACCGCAGCGCUGCGCCGCAUGUCGUUGUAGCCGAAACAGAACUUCCUCCCGUCAAUGAAACCCCGACUUCACGACCAGAGGAUGGACCAGUGGGUGUGUCUCGGAGUCGAACCAUGCCCUCUGGUCGGCGAGUUGCUUCGUCGUCAUCUGAUGCCCCACGACUUUUGCGAAAACAGAAACGGGUGUCAUCUUCUCAGCCCGGUCAGACCAGAGGUGGACAAGAUCCAAUGCCUACGACGUCGUAGCCCUCUCCUUCUUUCCCCUGCUUUGGCAUACCCCUGGCUUCUUUGUACUCGCGUCUGGAUUUCACGACCUGUUUUUAGAAAAGGUCCAUGGACUUUAUUUUUUCUGUGGUUGCUACAUGUAUUUCCAGAUAUGGACAUUAAUCUAUUAAUAUUGACCUAUGUAUUUAUGUUUAGCCUGGCCUUCUUAUUGCCCCUUGAAAGGGCCGAUGUGACGGUCCAGCGUUACUGGCGACAUGCGCAGCUGUACCGAAAUGAAAUAUGAAGCGAAGUUUGUUCCAGCUUC